AUGGCUAGUUUUGAUAUACUGGGAUUGGAUGAGAAUGUGAAUGAAUUUAAAAGUGGGGAAAAUGAAAAAAGUGAAAAAAAUGAAAAAAGUGGGAAAAAUGAAAAAAAUAUCAUUAUUAAUGAUUAUAGGGAAAAUAUAGGAAAUAUAUUUCAGUAUAUAAUUGAAAUGAUAAAAGGUAAAAAUAAAUUAAGGAAAUUACAAUUAAAACUAAAUUUAUAUUGUAUAAAAAGAUUUGUAGACAUAAUUAAUAACACAUGUUUAUUAAUAAAAGUUUUGAAUGAAAUAUAUAUAUUUUCAAACAAGGAAAAUAUUGAAAAUGUUGAAAAUAUUGAAAAUUUGAAUAAUAAGGGGAAUGCUUACAAAAUUAUUUUUUUGUGGUUAUUAUUUUUAUAUAUAACAUCUUUUUUUACAUUUUAUUUUCGAACAAUUUUUAUAAUAAAUAUUGUUCCAAAUAAUUAUGAUAAUUUAUUUAGUCUAUAUAAAGUUUUUCAAACAAUUAAAAAUAUAGAUUCUAAUAAUAUAUUAAUUCUUGAAUUUUUUGAAAAAUUUCAAAAAACAUAUUUUAUAAUAAAUAAAUUUUUUGAAGAUAUUCCACAAUUUUUUUUAUGUUUGUUAUUUUUUAUAUUAAAUGGAAAAGAUUGUUUUUUAAUAUUUACUAUGAUUUGUCCUUUUGUUUUUUUUACUCUUGGACUUUUAAAUUAUGGAUUGGGACUUGGCGGUUUGCUGAGAUCGAGUUUGUGGGCGUCUUUUCACUCAAUUGAUGAUAUAUUCAUAAAGUAUGAUGCUGCGCCACCAAACAUGUUUUUUUUUUUGUACUCAAGUAUUGUUUUUUUUGGAGGAUCGAUUGUGACCAUUGCUGUGAAGAAUAUGGUCACUUCGUUUUGGAUGGCAUAUAUUUAUCUCCAAUUUUCAACAUUACUGCUAAUAAGCGGUAUUUCCCUUUUGUUAUUUUUGUAUUUUUAUUAUUUUGAGAAAGAAAGCUUUUAUUUAAACCCAUACUAUUGUUUGUAG